AUGACGAGAAGCGACGACUCCUCGCUAGAGGGGAGCAACGACGAAAGGGCCAGGGGUCUGAAGGGAAGCAGACACAAAAGAAAGAGAAGCGCAGAGACGUCGUCCAGCAGCGACCGCUCGGACGCCAGCAGCAGUGACCGGAGUGAGGAAAGCUCGGAAGACAGUUCGUCCUCGGCUGACGACGCGCGGGCAGCCAAACGUCGAAAGAAGGAGAAGAAAGAGAAGAAGAAGGAGAAGAAGGGAAAGAAGGAGAAAAAGCGAAAGAAGGAGAAAAAGAAAAAGAAGGUCAAGGGGAAGAAGCCGAAGAAGGAAAAGGACUUUUAUACUGUCCCGUCCUCUCUCCACGCCUCGAACGGCCGCUGUCUGGGGCGCGUUUUCUUGUGCGCCGCAGGUUCUGGUUGCGUCACGAAUCAGUACGGCAAGUACGGCAUUCUUCAAGAGAGCGACAUGUGGAAGAAGAGAGCCGAGUUUUCCUUGUGGCUGAUGGAAGUGAAGGACAAGAACCUCGAGGAACUGUCAGGAUGGGAAGAGCGUGAAAUGUUCAAGGACUUCAUGGAGGAUUUCAACACUGCCACGUUGCCGAGCAAGAAGUACUACAACUUGGAACUCUUCGAGGCGAAGCAGAGAAUGAAGAAAACGAACCUACAAGAGACGAGGGAACUCACAGACUUCAACGAUGAGGCCCGAAGGAAGCAAGAAAUCAAGAACAUGAUUGACCAGCGAAGGAAGUUGGAGGCCGAAGCACAACUCCGCUCUAUGCGCGAGGAUCGUGAGAAGGUCGACGACAUGCGGCAACAGAAACUUCUCAAGUCGAAGGUGGAGACGCUGUAUCGAAUGGGGGCGAAUGCGGAGGCGAAGAAGCUUGCAGACCUCAUCAACCCGGAGAAAUGA